CAUGUUUUAUUGUAACUGAAGCUACGCUGAGAUGAAAGGAGCAGCUACCAAAACUGCAACAAGGAGUGGAUUUGUCGUCCUUCUUCUCUAUUUGACAGUGGUAAAAGGUCAGGAUGGCUGGGGAGUGACUUACCCUUCUACUCAGAUCUGUACUGUAAAAGGAUCGACAGUUGUCAUACACUGCACUUACACAUUUCCACCCAGUUGGAAUGAGCAGAAUACAAAAGUUAUGAGAGCAUUAUGGUUUACAAAAGUGAAUAGAAAUCAACCUGUGGAUCUGAUAACUGACCCAUUGUACACCGAUCGUGUGGAGUAUCAUUUUCAUAAAAACAACUGCACUCUGAGAAUCACCGACAUGAGAGAGAGUGACGUAGCUGAGUACAAGUUCAUGUUCAUAACAAACCAACCAGAGGGACGUGUGACUGGUUCCCCUGGAGUUACUUUGUCUGUCACAGCUCUACAGGUGCAGGUGAACAUUAUUAGAGUUUACUGGACUAAUACCUUUGCAGAGCUGGAGUGUCUCAGCAGCUGCAGUCCAGCUGUUCAUCCUUCCUACAUCUGGUUCAAGAAUGGAGAGAACAUUCAGAUAGAAACAUCUUCUUUGACAAGAUAUUUUUAUACUGAAGACAGCUUUGCCUGUGCUUUAAAGGGAUAUGAGAAUUUCCCCUCUACAUCAGUGUGUGUCCAUGAUCAAAUCUGUAACAGAGUGAUGUAUGAUGUCAAAAGCAUCUGUUCCCUAGAAGGCUCAUCAGUGGACAUUUCAUCCACCUACUUCAGUUACGAGAAUUACGAAAGAAAAAUUUGGUUCAGUCCAGAUCGUAGUCAUCAGUGGCAGGAUCACACACAGCCUGAGGACAUAAGUAAAGACUCUCAGUACGCAGAUCGUGUUCGGGUUAUUGAAAGACAGAGAGGACGCUCCACUCUGAGAAUCUCUGACCUGAGAGAGAGGGAUUCAGGGCAGUAUCACUUUAAAUUCAAAACAUCGAGCUUUGAAUGGAAGAGCAGCUUACCUGGAACAACUUUGACUGUAACAGCUCUCCAGGUGCGGGUAACCAUGGCAACAUUUCAACAGGAUCACACGGAGGCAGAGCUGAGAUGUCACAACAGCUGCAGUCCUGCCGGUCGUAUUUCCUAUGUCUGGUUCAAGAAUGGAGAGAAAAUCCUGAAUGAGGAAAAUUCUUCCUAUAAAGACCUGUUUUAUCCAGGAAACGAUAUCUCUUGUGCUGUGAGAGGACUCGAAAGUUAUCGCUCUCCCUCGCUGUAUGCUCUGAAUGCUCCCUCUGUGUCAACAAGUCCUUCAAGGGAAAUAAUGGAGGGCACUUCAGUCACUUUGAACUGUAACAGUGAUGCUGACGGAGCAGUUAAAUUCUCCUGGUACAAGAGGAAUCGGACGCUGUCCAGCAAAGAAGCAGAGCUUAUCUUUGGCUCCGUCCUGUCCUCUGACUCCGGAGAGUAUUGCUGUACAGCCGAGAAUGAGCUGGGGAAAAGAACAUCUGAAGGCAUCUUUAUCAAUGUCAAAUAUGGUCCAAGGCUUCCCACUGUGUCAGUGAGUCCCUCUGCUGAGAUAAUGGAGGGCAGUUCAGUGACUCUGGCCUGUAGCAGUGAUGCUAACCCAGCAGCUAAUUAUACCUGGUACAGAGAGAAUGAAGAGUCUCCAGAAGCUUCAGGGCCGACCUUCACUAUCACUUACAUCAGAGCUGAACAAAGUGGAAAUUAUUACUGUGAAGCCAAUAAUGGAAUAGGACGCCAUAAUUCUAUCUUGAUUGUAAUUGAUGUGACAGGAGCAUGGACAUCAACAGUUGCCGUAACCACCAUGGUUGUUGUACUGGCUAUCAUACUCCUCUCUGUCUUCAUAUUGAUUAAAAAGAAAAGGGCCUCCAAGCAACAGUGUGGAGAGAGACCAGAUGACAACAGGGAACAGUGUCUACCAACUCAGGGCCAGCAAGAGGAGCAGGAUGACCUUCAUUAUUCCAGUGUUAAGUUCACCAAGAAUCAAGCAGAUUCUCUCUACUCCAACAUCAGACCAGCUCAACGCCACAGACACAACGAGGAAGAACGGGAUGAAGGUGUUGAAUAUUCUGCUAUCACAUUUAACAAAGGCCCUUCUGCCCCCAACUAAGCUGCUCCUCUCCUACUGUAUAUACAUAUUUAGUUUAUUUAAGCAAAUGUCACAUGACUGUGUUGGGACCUCAGCCAUGUGUGCUGGACAAAAGACUCAGGCCUGUAUCACAGUUCUCAAGCCUGACUGGAGUUAUUUUGGAGGGAACUAAACAAAGGAGUCUUAGUCCAGCAACCCCCCAACAGAAACUAACAAAUAGGUGUGAAAAGUGGGGGGGUGGGGGGUGUCUGAAUUCUCUAUCCUCAUUGGAGGAGGCGUGAGGUAAACCCACAGGCAGCUCCAGUCUUUAAAAGCAAUCGCCAGGCAUUGCUUCCUCCUUGCAGAAGAUGUACA